AUGGUCUAUAUUCACCCUGAAUCGGCCCUCGCUGUUGCUGUUGCUGCUGCCACUUGCUUUGGCAACGCUGCACAAUACAUCUGGGACGUUCCGAGCUGGUUGGCCUGCUCGCCAGCAAGCUCCACUCCCUUUGAGUGGCUGACUGAAUGGACGGAUGAGGAUGAAAGUGCGUUGAGAAGCGGCUCUGUCAAGAGCAGCCCAACUGGGAAUCAUGAAGAUGAGCUGCUGCCGCUUCUUCUGCUGGCGGAGUACAAUUUGGUGGACACUACACCUUCCAAGCCAGCAUCAAAGGCUGCAGCUUCCAAGCCAGCGGCAAAGGCUGCUGCUUCCAAGCCAGCAGCAAUGGUUGCAGCUCCCAAGCCAGCAGUCAAGGCUGCAGCUCCCAAGCCUGCAGUCAAGGCUGCAGCUCCUAAGCCUGCAGUCAAGGCUGCAGCUCCCAAGCCUGCAGUCAAGGCUGCAGCUCCCAAGCCUGCAGUCAAGGCUGCAGCUCCCAAGCCUGCUGUCAAGGCUGCAGCUCCCAAGCCUGCAGUCAAGGCUGCAGCUCCCAAGCCUGCAGUCAAGGCUGCAGCUCCCAAGCCUGCAGUCAAGACUGCAGCUCCCAAGCCUGCAGUCAAGGCUGCAGCUCCCAAGCCAGCAGUCAAGGCUGCAGCUCCCAAGCCUGCAGCCAAGGCUGCAGCUCCCAAGCCUGCAGUCAAGGCUGCAGCUCCCAAGCCAGCAGCCAAGGCUGCAGCUCCCAAGCCUGCAGUCAAGGCUGCAGCUCCCAAGCCAGCAGCCAAGGCUGCAGCUUGCAAGGCUGCAGUGAAACUAACAGCAGCUCCUGCCACGGCCAGUGCGAGUGCUGCUCGUGUGGCACCCCUAAGGCAGGCAGUGCAGAAGGGGUCGCAGGGAAGAACAAGGAGGUCAAGUGGGUAA